UGCUUGCGUAAAAUCAAUGAGAAUAAGAAAAUUCACUCAUCUUGGAUAAAAUUCCAAGAGAAUCAUACUUUUCGUUCGAAGGUCUUCACGAGACGUGGCUCUAUAUUUAUCUUUCUUUCCAUCAACUCUCAACCCCAUGUUUCGCUUCCAAUCAACUUUCUCUCGUUCUCUUACUUCUCCAUGUUUCCUUCUUCUUUGGUAGGAAAAUGGACGACAAAAUCCGCUGCCACAGUCAUCUCUGCAACUAGCUUCAUUGUUUUCCUCAUUUUUGAUUUUCUUGAAGUAAUUUUUUGCAUAAUUUAUAGGUAUCUCGAUGAGUUUUUUGAAGGGAAGGCAUACCGUUGUUAUUGUGGAGACAGGGGAGAGCUACAGGGGAGUGUGGGGGAUGAUCGAGAGAGUGAGCUUUCAGAAACUUUGUAUGGAAGGAACAACGUGUUUAGGCAAAUGAGAUUUCUGGGUUUUGCAAGAAAAUGGGAGAAUCGCAAGAAAGCAUUUGGUGGUGGUGGUGGAAUAACGGUUUGGUCUGAUUGUGGGUGUGAAUCUUGUGUUUCUUGGAUGAAGGAUGGUGGUGGACAGAAUCUGCAUGUAGUUGUCAAGGAGCCAUCGACUGGUGAUCCUACAACUGCUAAUGAGAAUUGCUGCGGAGAUUUGGCAGAAAAUGUGAUAUUCUUGCAUGGAUUCCUCUCUUCUUCUUCAUUUUGGACAGAAACAGUGUUUCCAAAUCUCUCUGAGCCUGUAAAGCGUAACUACAGACUAUUUGCUGUUGACCUUUUGGGAUUUGGAAGAAGCCCUAAGCCAAAGGAUUGUUUUUACACUCUAACAGAUCACUUGGAGAUGAUUGAAAAAUCUGUGAUUAAACCAUUUGAGUUGAAGUCUUUCCAUCUUGUCGCGCAUUCCAUGGGCUGCACUAUUUCAUUAGCUCUUGCUGCAAAAUACUCAAAUUGUGUGAAAUCAAUCGUCCUCACAGCACCGCCUUACAUCCCAAGUUCAAAAGAAGGGGCAAGUUUAACAGCACUUGAGAAACUUGCUGGGAAGAGACUGUGGCCACCAUUGAUAUUUGGUUCAUCAUUCAUGUCAUGGUAUGAACACUUGGGUCGAUGCGUUUGUUUACUUGUUUGCAGAAACCACAGGAUAUGGGAGAAGAUUUUGAAGCUACUCACCUGGAGAAGGGAUCUGCAUUUCAUGAUUAUGGACUUGACCAGGCACACCCAUCAUUCAGCUUGGCAUACAAUGCAUAAUGUGAUAUGUGGAGGGGCAAAAUUUCUAGAUGAAAACUUGGACAGAUUGAUGAAAUCUGGAGUGAAAUUUUGUGUUAUUCACGGUGAUUGCGACAAUGUUGUCCCCUUGGAGUGUAGCGAAAGCAUCAAGAGUAAGGUUCCUAAUGCAGAAAUCAAUAUCAUCUCAAACGCUGACCAUUGUUCUGUAAUCAUGGGGAGAGAGAAGGAUUUUACCAGGAAUUUAGAGCACAUAUGGGCCUCAUUUGCUGAUACAGAAUUGUUUUUAUAAUAAUUAUUUUCUUACAUUAACCAUUCUUAAAUUUUAUCAAAAUUGAUAUUUUUA